UGAUGGUGCCGGUCUUGUGUCGGCCGGAAUCGGUGGAUACAGCAGACAUUUAAGUGAAUCGAAGUUAUUCAAGUUGGAGGUCAUCAGCAAGUGUAGCGGUUGUAAGGCCAAACAUUUUUCCAUUUUUCUUAUAUGUCAAUGUGAAUACUUAAUCAUCUACUGAGCAAAAUAACCUGAAUCCAAAACUUUAGAUCGGAAGAGGGUUUUUUUGAGCGACACAAGAAGUAGAAAACCGCUGCUGAUUAUCAAAGAAAUUGGAUUCGUCCUCCCUCUGUUUCAAUACACGAUCUCCCCCGGUUGAAAUCGUUUUGGAAUUAAAAUGUUUAUAAGAAAACCACCGCUUCCCAAAAUGCUGCUAAACAAUGUCUCAUGUAUGAGAAAUGCCCAACUAAUUCUUCGAAACAUCAACGCGUCAGUCCAUGACGGAGGUGCACUUGUAUUAACAGGAGCUAAUGGUGCAGGGAAAUCCACUUUCUUAAGAAUGUUAGCUUGUUUCUCAAGACCCUCAGCUGGAGAGAUUCUAUGGAACGGCCACGACAUUACAAAGUCAGGAGUUUUUGAGCAAUACAAACUCCAGCUCAAUUGGUUAUCUCUGAAGGAUGCCGUCAAAGAGAAAUUCACUGUUCUUGAUAAUGUUCAAUGGUUUGAAGUCCUUGAAGGAAAGUCUGGUAAAUCAAAGGCAGCUUUGGAGCUCAUGGGACUAGGCAGGCUUAUUAAUGAGAAGGCAAGGAUGCUUUCCAUGGGUCAACGCAAAAGGCUCCAGCUUGCUAGAGUAGUUGCACUUGAUCGUCCGAUUUGGUUACUUGAUGAGCCGUCAGUGGCAUUGGAUACUGAAGGUGUGAAAUUGCUUGAGUACAUUAUUGCUGAGCAUCGAAAGAAAGGUGGGAUUGUGUUUGUGGCAACUCAUCUGCCUAUCCAGAUUGAGGAUGCGAUGAUAUUGAGGUUGCCAGAGAGGUUUCCGAGAAGGAAAACCAUGGUGGAUUUGCUUGAUUGAUUAUGGAAAGAUGUAUGGAGAGGGUUAUCGGUGGUUUAGUUGCAGAGGAAGUGAGCUUUUGUCCCUUAAGGAUAAGUGCUAUUUCAUCAUUAAUGAAAUAAGCGUCUAUGUGUUAAGGGAUCAAAACUAUUCCGUCUUUUAUUUGGUUGAAACUGAUAAUCGUGGUGGAGGCAAGCCAACUAUCUAUAUUUGGUUCAGUUCUUAUUGAUGGUCAUAAUAUGCGGGGGUUUUAGAUUGAAAAGUCUUCGGGGUCAUGUUGAUCUAGUAUUUCAGGACACGAUUUGUGUAUAUUUUCUUUUCUCUGCAGUUCCAAUGCGUUCUAUGGAUACAUACAUUUCAAGUAUUAGCAUUUACCUUAUUAAAGAUUCAACAAUAUAUGGGCCUGGUAUUUCUGUAUUUGCAUUUCAUCGUUCUUCUUGACUA